AUGAACGAGUCGUUGAUCUUCGACACGAUAUCACCGGUGAGACCGCUGUCCAUGUGUUUGGUGUGGAAGCGUCCAAAUCAUGUGUUGUUUCAAACGGCAAAUGUCUUCCUCCUGAUGGCCUAUUUGGCCACAAACAGUGUCUUCGGUGUCCUAUACCUGCGCUCGUGUCUCACCAUUGGGUGUCUAUUCCUGUCUCUCUGGGGUUGGAUAGUGUUGUGUGAAUCAGAUAUCAUUGUCUGGAAUGUCAUCUUCACAGCGAUUAACGCCAUUCAUGUCAUUUGUAUUGUUUGGAAAUUACACCCAUUUAUUAGGUUUCCACACGACGUUGAGAUGGUCUACAGAAAUCUGUUCCAACCGUUAAGAGUAUCGCGAAAUGCAUUUAAAACGAUAUACUUCUGUACGCGAGAGAUCCAGACACUCAAGUCUAAUGAUAUCUAUGCCAUCGAAGGCCGCACUCGAGUCGAUAGACUGACACUGUUAUUGUCGGGUCGGGUGUCCAUCAUAAGGGGCGGCCGCACUCGAGUCGAUAGACUGACACUGUUAUUGUCGGGACGGGUGUCCAUCAUAAGGGGCGGUCAGACUCUUCAUAUUAUAGACAGCCAUCAGUUCCUGGACUCUCCCGAAUGGUUUGGCGUCGGCUCUCAUGAGACAUAUCAGGUGUCAAUCGUGGCUUUAGAGGAAUCUCGACUCUUGGUCUGGAAUAGGGAUAAACUCAAACUCUCCAUCUCUUGUGAUCCAUACCUUCAGACACUUCUGGACAACAUUUUGGGCAAAGAUGUGGUCAAAAAGUUGCUGUUAGUCUCUGAUUCUGUUAGCAAUCAACAGACGGGUGCCGGCGAACGGACCAAACUUAUUAUACCCACACAUCGAGCUAUGGACCAACUUAUCAAAAGAAGUCCAAUCAAUAGCAAUGGUUUACUGCCAUCGCAUUACUCGCGAAACGGCCACCAAUUGAGUGGUAAUGGUGUGAACGGUGUGUCGACCUCGAGGUCUAUAUUGCGGAUCCGCGAGAAGUAUGUGUUGGUUGUAGUGAUCAUAAUCUUCAUAGCGUUUAGUCUGAUAGGAGUGGCCUUUUUGCCCGAACUUAAGGCCAGUAAUGUCUAUAAGUAUAUCAAACCGGCCGACAGUUUAGGGCCCGACCUCUUGGGGUUAGUGCCGCCGCUCGAGUCGUCGCAUCCCAUCUCUGGUCACGACUCGCACACCGCCAGAGCCAAGAUUGAGGACAAACAACGGCUGAGGCUUAAAAUCAAUGAACAAAUUAAUUAUAAUUUAAGUCAAUUGAGUGCUGUUUUGCCAAAACCUAAUGACAAUGGUUUGGCACCUGAUGUCACACUCAAGACCAGCGAUUCCGACGAUAAUUGGACACCACUAGUGCUUCCCAGUGGUGACGAUCCCGACCCCGAAGUGAGACGCAAACGGGAUUUCAUUAAAGAGAUGACGAGAGAGGCGUGGAUUCACUACAAGACGUACGCCUGGGGUGAGAACGAGUUGAGGCCCAUCUCCAAGAAGGGACACUCGGCCGGCAUUUUUGGCACAACUAAAUUAGACAACACUAAUUGCAGUGAAAUGUCAUUUAAAUUACAGUCAAAGUCAUUGAAAAGCAAUUCAUCGCUGAACCACUCGAGGGGUCAUUUAACCGGUGGUCAACACAUCCAACACAUCCAACAACUCAGUCAAUCGGUGACCAAAUGUAUCGCACAGGACCUGUCGCUCCUGAGGCCACACAUCCAAUGGACACCAAUGUCUCAUCCGAUGCCAGAGAUGACAAAAAACGCCAAAAACCAGACCAUAACUGAAGAACAAUUGCUGUCAGAUAUGAGUGAAAUGGACACCAAAUUGGAUCAAUUGAAAGGUGUCAUCGAAGACGAAGCCAUUCCCGUAAAUGAUAUGCAUUUUGAGUCAUUGAGCGAUGAAUGUAAUGAACUGAAGACAUCGCUUCCCACUUUCCGACGAGUGGUCAACACUUUUAUUGAUAAAUACGAGAACCAAUCGCGCGAUGAAAGC